AAAUACGUAUUUGCUUAUUCCAGAAGUUUACUGCGUCGGAAAAAAGAGGCGUCCCUCAAGAGAGCGGACAAUCCCACAUUCCUCUUCUCGACCCGCCCCGGAAAAUGAAUUAUAGGAGCCGUUUCGCCGUAAAAAGCAAAACAAACCCACUGCCGUCCCCAGACUGCUUAGCGCUGCGGAAGGGAACGCUUCUUUCGUUAACGCUGGGCUCGCUCGAACUUUCUUCGGAGGUACCAAAAGUGCUUUUUCAGGAGCUUCUUCCGCUCCGGAGGUGAAGCGAAAGAAAAGAAGAAGAGGAAGAACCAACACCUUUGGGACCAACCAUAAGAGAAUCUCCAUAGAUAAUUUCUCGGCGCAGUGAAGAAACAAAGAGCUUCGGGUGAAACCCAAUCGGAGCUUCGGAGGCGGAACGACGCGGAUAGCGAAACCAAUAGAAACGUGUCUUGUCCAGCGAUGGCGGAGUCGGUGAAUGUGACCCUAAGCAGCGACUCGGAGCCAGAAGGGGCCCCCAAGAAGCCCUUACCCAAGCGGCGCCGCCUUCUCACCACCAGCACCUCCGUCCCGGUCUAUUCGACCCAGGUUGAGAACAGCCUGCGAUUCUUAAAAAAUCCUCUGAAACUUCCUGAUAAAAUCAAAGCGCGUUGUAACAAUAAGUUGGCCUAUAGCUCAGAAGAAGAUGAGGAUGAGGAAAAGCCAGUUCCUUUAAAGCAAUUGAAGUCAAAACCAAGAAUGUUUGAUCAGAAUCUCAAAAAUUUGAGCAACUCCCUCUCAGCUGCUAAGAGGAGCUUGCAGGAUCAAUUGUUUGAUGAGGAUGAUGUAAUUCUGGUUGAUGCGUUUGAACCCCAGGAGCUGUUGCUGAAAGUCCGAUGCCGAGCUGAUCUCUACAAAAUCUGUAUUCUAAUGACAGAGCCUCUUCGGCGAGUGGUUGACCACAUGUCAGAGAUACUGAAGGUUCAUCCAAAGAGAAUCAUCCUCUUGCAUCAUGAUAGUGAACUUUCACCUGAUUCUACUCCUGCUAAAUUGGACCUUGGUGUUGCUUCCAUCAUCGAUUGUAUAGUGGAGACCAAUAACCAACCGGGUGAUGAUUCUGGAAACCUGUUGCUUCGAGUACAAGGAAAAGACAGAAGUUCUGUGAUGGAGAUUACAAUCCAGAAGGUAAAGGGGGAGCCCUUAGAAGCCCUUAUGAACAACUACAAACAAGCUCAAGGCCAAGGCAGAGGCAAACUUGUCUUUUAUUAUGAUGGGCAGCGUUUGGCAGAAACUCAGACCCCUGAACAACUGGGGAUGGAAUCUGGUGAUGUUAUUGAAGUGUGGAACUAGCAUCCUUGCAUUUCCAAAGAAUCCAUGUUUAGACUUGAUUAUUAUUUUUAUUAUUUUUUGAUAUUUACCUACUCUAAGUGACUCACCUGUAUUCAGUGUGAUAUUUGCUAUUUACCCACAGUGUGAUAUUUUGAUAUUUACCCACUCUUGAGUGACUCAAUACUUUCCUUGGUUUAAUUUUCACUGAGUCUGAUAUCGCAGUGGGAAAUGGAAGUUUAAUUUGUGGAGAAAAUAAACACAGGACACUUUUCACUUUAUUCUUUUAUCUCCUGUACUUAAAAUUUGGAAUAUGUAAUAAAAUUUAAUUUUGUUACUGGU